GUUUAAUUUAUGUACGCUAGACGGAUUGUGUGUGAUCCGUACUUGUGUGCUGCACAGGUAACAAUUUGUGGAUUUUGUGUGUGCGCGCACCUACAUUAUUGUGCUGUUUAGCGCGCGUUAGGUGCAGCCUAAUCAAUGGCUCUAGCUUGUGUGAGGAAUAGCUAUUUCCUGUUGCGUCACGGAGAGAGUGAAGCAAACAAAGCGGGUAUUAUCGUCAGUGACCCUAAACUUGGCGUUACGGCAUUUGGGCUGACCGAGUUGGGUAAAAUUCAAGCCAGAAAGGCAGCAGCGGAUCUGAAAUUUCACAUUUCGAAACAGAAUUUACGUCACACAGACGUGGUGAUUGCUAGUUCUGACUUCAAACGAGCAUAUGAAACAGCAUACGUAGUAUUUGAGCGUCUAGAUAAGGAAGCAACGCUGAGAACAGACAUCAGACUGAGAGAGAGGUAUUUUGGUGAUUUUGACACAAAAAGCAACGAAAAUUACGAGAUUGUGUGGAGAGAAGACGCCGUCAGCUCGUUGCACACGAAAUUUAGCGUGGAAAGCGUUGCCAGUGUUCAAACUCGCGCUCUAGCUGCAGUUACUGAACUAGAUGCGACUUUUAGUCAGAAAGUGAUUGUGUUAGUUGCCCAUGGUGACACACUGCAAAUUCUACAGACUGCUUUUCUGGGAGUUGAAGCGUGUAGACAUAGAGAACUACCACCACUGGCCACAGCAGAACUACGUCAAGUAGCUCUACUACAAUGAUGUCAGAUGUUAGUUGAGUAUCUGUGUGCCAUACAGUAUCUGAGUGACAUAUGAAUGAGUGAGAAGUUGGAGCAAGGAAGGCAGAGUGAAAGUAGUGUGGGUCCUACUACUGAACUUAGAUGGUUAGACAGUGAAAAUUGUGUUAGCAGACAUGCAUGUUCAACAAGCCCUUCCUCCUCUCAUUUUUUAUUAGCUAAACUCCACGUUACCAUAAACUGUUACACAUACUUGCCAG